AUGUCGAACGCCUCGUCGAUAUUUGACUUGCUGGGCCAAGUCGACAACCUCAGCGAGCCGACACCGGCGCUGAACCAGCGGCCCUUGGCAUUUGGCCUGUUAAUAUCAUUCCUUACUGUGUCAUAUCUCUGCGCAACUGCACGUUUAUACGUCCGAUUCCGAGUCUCCAAAUGCCCUGGUUGGGAUGACUUGCUGGUUUUCCUAUCCAUGAUGACCAGCUUUGCGCUGACUCUUUCGGUACUACUCUGUUUCGAUCGAGGGCUGGGGAAACAUUUCAUCACCUUCGCCUCUGACCAAACGCAACUGAACACGUAUGUCAUGCACGCAUGCUAUCCUACCGCGACGGCACUCAUCAAGCUCGCCAUUCUCUUCCAAUAUCUUCGACUCUUCGACGAGACGAAAUCGAUACUGAGGCAAACGACACUCGUCAUGAUCGGCAUUGUGUCGCUGUGGGGUCUCGCUUUCUCCUUCAUCAGCUGGUUUCCCGCUUUUCCGGUGUCGGCUGACUGGGACUUCAACAACACGACUGCAGUCAGAUACGGAUUGGCAAGCCUGGACCCGGGCAGCGUUGUGGCCGCUUCCCUUGCGCAAACAUCGACAAAUAUGGUCCUUGAUUUAAUUGUCUUGGCUAUUCCUGUGUCAUAUUACCUUCAACCAAACCUGAGCUGGAAGUCUCAGGCUAGCUUGAUGGGAUUGUUCUCUCUUGGCUCAAUUGUGAAUGUUCUCUCUCUUUUCCGACUCAUCAAUAUUAUCGAUACCAGAGCGGGUAUAUUCCCGACAUACGACCCAAGCUGGUACGGCUGCGGCGCGAUCGUAUUAGCCGCUUUAGAAGUCAGUCUCGCGACAGUUUGUGCUUCUCUGCCAGUAUUCUGGCCCGUCAUGAAGUUCAACUGGGGAACGAUAUUCGUCACCUACGAAAUCUCGGUCACUCGCGAAGAGAAUUAUGUCGAGCUGGACGAGGCUCGAGAGCCCCGGGACCGAAUUGACCCGUGGAACGCGCAUCUGAAGGGCCCAUACGUGCAUGAUAUUGAGUUGGGGAAAAUGGAUCAUCAGAAGGAUGUAGAAUGGAGUGAGGGUUCCUCUGUGGCGGAGUCAAAUUUGCAAAAGGCCAAAUUAUAG